GCGGCGGCGGCGGCGGCGGCGGCGGGCGCGCGAUUGAGACGGCGGAGGAACGUUAGGCUCGGGGGGCGCUCACUCAUGAGGAGCAGGAAGCUCACAGGUGGAGUGCGAUCCUCAGCGCGCCUUCAGGCCCGAAGCUACUCUUCAGCCAGCUUGACCUCCGCCGAGGGCAUUGCCAGCUCCACAUCUGCCAAGACAGCAUGUCUGGCUUCCUCAUCACACAAGACUACAGACAGACGCACUUCCAAAAAGUUCAAGAAUGACAAAGGUCACCUUGUAAAGGCAGAACUACAGAAAGCUGACCCUAAAAGUGACAUUUCUUCUUUGCCAAAAGUGGCCCCUGAGGCCUCUUGUGACAAUGAGUUUGCAGAGGCCAGCACUAAGACAGCUGUCUCUGCACCAGAGAGUAGAGAGCCUCCCCAGGGCUGCUGCCAGCCUGUGAGUGAGGAACCGUCAGCAAAGACUGAAGGUGGCCUGCCCACACCAGAACCCGGCAGGGCGGCUGCAGCCCAGGAACCUGAUGGCAGUUCUGCCAGACAGGCCGAGCCAGUGCCCAGGACAGAGGAGGUGCGGGCACCUGUGCUCCAGAUGGACAGCAGCGUCUUUCUAGAUGAUGACAGCAACCAGCCCAUGCCUGUGAGUCGCUUCUUCGGGAAUGUUGAGCUUAUGCAGGAUCUGCCACCAGCCUCUUCAUCUUGUCCUUCCAUGAGCAGACGAGAGUUCAGAAAAAUGCAUUUCAGAGCCAAAGAGGAUGAGGAUGAGGACGACGCCGAGAUGUAGCGUGGGUCCUCCCGUCAUGUUCAGCGGACGGCGCAGCAGGUCUGAAGAUUUCUGUAUGGCGUCUCCAAGAGAACACAGAAUUGACACGAGCAUCACCAGUGCCGACACCCGGCCCCUGCGGGAGGGUUUCUCGCCGCCACAGGCUGCCGCCGCCACUGCCGUGCUGAUGUCCUUUCCUCCCCCCAUAGACGUACUGUGCUAGUGCUGGUCAGCAGGGGCUGGGAAGUCGGAAAAAUCCCUCAGGGCUUUGGUUUUGGUAAAAAAAGCUUACUUUCUGUGCCAAACUGAUUACUGGAGAGGAAUUCAGUCUCUUCUGGAAGGACCUCCUGUUUCUGAGUGAAUCUAAUAGUUUACCUUAUAGUUUUGCAAAGUGCAUAUAAGAAGGAAAUAAACUAUAUUUUGAAAAUA